AUGGCGUUUAUGAGCCGGAUAGGUAACAGUAUCGGUUCGUCCGUAGUAGCGCCUUUACGCUGCGAGGUCGGGGCCGUGUCAUGGCAGCGUCGAUGCUUUGGAAGCGGUGAUAUGCAGGCUGUAGCAAUCCGUAUAAAGUCUGUGAAGUCAAUUCAAAAGAUCACAAAGGCCAUGAAAAUGGUUGCAGCAUCUAAACUUAAGGCUGAUCAAAGGCGCUUAGAGGCAGGGCUUCCAUUUAGCGUACCAGUUCAGGACCUGAUGAAUCUGCUUCCUAUAUCCACCACCGAGGGUGCUGGCAAGAACAACGCUAUCGUCGUAUUGGCAUCAGACAAAGGUCUAUGUGGAGGUAUUAACUCUGCUGUGGCAAAGAUGACAAGGGGUCUACUUGCUGGUGGUGAGUCCGGCGGUACAACAUUUUCCCUCUACUGCGUCGGUGAGAAGAUCCGUAGCGCGCUUGAGAAUGUAUACGGCAAAUACUUCAAAAGUGUAUUCACUGAAGUCUCACGGACCCCUUUCAACUACGCUAAGGCGGCAGUGAUCAGCGAGGAGCUGCGCAAGGGUAACCACGAUCGCAUAAGGAUCGUUUAUAAUCACUUCAAGAGUGCCAUUAGUUACGAAACACGCGCUCUAGAUGUCCUGUCACUCUCACAAUUUAAAGCUAUGCACCAGAGGGAACUCAAUGUCUACGAGAGCGAACCCGAAAUGUCAGACUUAUUCCCCGACCUAUACGAAUUCUAUCUUACUUGCUGUGUAUACGGGUGUAUGUUGGAUUCGCUGGCUGCCGAGCAAUCUGCAAGAAUGUCGGCUAUGGACAAUGCAUCGACCAAUGCUUCUGACAUGUUGCAGUCUCUAACGCUCAAGUUCAACAGAGCACGUCAAUCGAAGAUUACCCUAGAACUUAUCGAAAUUAUCGGAGGAGCGAACGCGCUGUAA